UCAGAGGAAAAUGCAGGGUUUGUCCUCAACUCUGACGUCAGAUCUCGCUUUAAUAAAACCCCCCAAAGACUGCGGGAAGAGGCGUAUCUGGCGCUCCUGAUGGGCCAGGCCAGUCUCGGCCCAGCUCCCCCGAGAGGUGGCUGGAUCCUCUGGGCUGCUCGGUCGAUGCCUUUGCCACUGACUUCCAGGCAUGAGGUGGUUCCUGCCCUGGACGCUGGCAGUGGUGACAGCAGCAGCUGCAGGCAGCACCCUGGCCACGGCCCUCUCUCCAGCCCCCCCGGCCAUGGCCUUCACCCCGGAGCCGCUGGAGGACACUUAUUCACGCCCCCAAUUCUGCAAGUGGCCAUGUGAGUGCCCGCCAAACCCACCCCGCUGCCCGCUGGGGGUGAGCCUCAUCACAGACGGCUGUGAGUGCUGUAAGAUGUGUGCUCAGCAGCUUGGGGACAACUGCACGGAGGCUGCCAUCUGUGACCCCCACCGGGGCCUCUACUGCGACUACAGUGGGGACCGCCCGAGGUACGCAAUAGGAGUGUGUGCACAGGUGGUCGGCGUGGGCUGCGUCCUGGACGGGGUGCGCUACAACAAUGGCCAGUCCUUCCAGCCCAACUGCAAGUACAACUGCACGUGCGUGGACGGCGCGGUGGGCUGCACGCCGCUGUGCCUCCGCGCGCGCCCCCCGCGUCUCUGGUGCGGCCGCGCCCGGCGGGUGAGCGUGCCCGGCCGCUGCUGCGACCAGUGGGUGUGCGACGACGACGCCAGGAGGCCGCGCAAGACGGCGCCGCGCCACACGGGCGCCUUCGCAGCCACGGGCGAGGUAGAGCCGUGGCACAGGAACUGCAUAGCCUUCACGAGCCCCUGGAGCCCCUGUUCCACCACCUGCGGCCUGGGGGUCUCCACUCGGAUCUCCAACGUCAAUGCCCGGUGCUGGCCUGAGCAAGAAAGCCGCCUCUGCAACCUGCGGCCGUGUGACGUGGACCUCCGACCCCACAUCAAGGAAGGGAAGAGGUGUUUGGCCGUCUACCAGACAGAGGUGCCCGAGAACUUCACCCUUGCCGGCUGCAGCAGCACACGCUCCUACCGGCCCAAGUACUGUGGGGUCUGCAUGGACGACAGGUGCUGCGUCCCCUACAAGUCCAAGACCAUCGACGUCUCCUUCCAGUGUCCCGAUGGGCCUGACUUCUCCCGCCAGGUCCUAUGGAUUCAUGCGUGCUUCUGCAACCUGAGCUGUAGCAAUCCCAACGAUAUCUUUGCUGACUUGGAAUCCUACCCUGACUUCCCAGAAAUUGCUGAUUAGGCAGGGACAAAACACGGGGCUUGGGGCCUGGCCCAAUACGUGCAAAGCAGCCAGCCCUUUGAGGCCCGCAGUUGAGCCUUCUUUUGUCCCCUUGCCACUCAUUUCUGAUUACCCUGAUCCAGACCCUUGGCCCCUUUCCUGUUUCUGACCGCCCAAAUAACGCAUUAUGGCGCAGCUCAGGCCCAGACUGUGGGUCCCCUCCUUGGCAGCAUUCUGCAUACACAUCAAAGAAAGUGCCUGUCUCCAGCUGUUCUGGACAAUACCCAAGCCUGAUCUAGCCUGUCCAAUUCACUGGAAGUCCUGCUGCAUCUUGCCUGAGUCCCAAGGCCCCGAAUCAGCUAGACUUUCAGUAUCACUAGUUCCCUCUCUAGAUGCCAAACC